GAAAUAUAUCGAUUGAAGUGUGGAUUGUCGCAGUAGCAUUUUUAGUUUAUGUAAAAUAAACAAUUAAAAUAAAAUAAAUGUGUAAAUAGAAUAAACAGUGAUUGUAUGGUUAAAUAAAAAUAAAAUUGUGCUAUAGAUUUAAAAAUGGAUAGUAUACCAAGGACACACGAAGAUAUCGAGGCCCAAAUAAAAGAUAUCCAGGCCAAAAAGAAAGUCCAAUUAGCCGAAUCAAAUGACAAUGGUGUAGGUUUAACAGACACAGGCUAUUUCGAUACUGAUAUCUACGAGAGCAGCAAACAAAGUACUAAAUAUUCGGGAUAUGUAACCUCAAUUGCUGCAAAUGACGAGGUGGAAGAUGAGGAUUAUGAACCAGCACCAUUUCAAAAUAAAAGACCAGGCUAUACAGCACCUGUUGCUUUGCUUAAUGAUGUUGCACAGAGUGAAAAAGACUAUGAUCCCUUUGCUGACAGACGUAGACCCACCAUAGCUGAUAGGGAAGAUGAAUAUAGACAAAAGCGAAGACGUAUGAUCAUAUCUCCAGAGCGAAAUGAUCCGUUUGCAGAAGGUGGAAAAACUCCAGAUGUGGGGUCCAGGACCUAUACAGAAAUUAUGCGAGAGCAGAUGCUCAAAGGAGAAGAAUCUGAGUUACGUAAGAAGAUAGCAGAAAAAUCAAAAGAUGGUACAUUACAAAAGCACUCAAGCAGCAGCAAUGGUGAUUCUUUGGGUGUCACACAACGUAAAAGAGGCAGAUGGGAUCAAACAAUCGAUGAACAAUUUGUUCCAGCAUCUUCAUCAGCACCUAAGAAGAAAGCUGUUGAGGCCACACCUUCCAGUGCACCUACACCCACUUGGGGAGAAGAUCGUACUCCAGCUGAUCAUCGUUGGGAUGAAACUCCAGGUCACAAAGCGUAUCCUGAGACUCCGGGGGCAACUCCUGGACAAAGCACAAGAAUUUGGGACGCUACACCUGCACAUCAAGCCGCAGCCACACCUACACAUUUGGGAAGUGCUGCAGGUGCAGAGACUCCUGGUCAUGGAGAUAGAUCCAGGAGGAACAGAUGGGAUGAAACACCAAAGACUGAAAGAGAGACUCCUGGUCAUAACAGUGGUUGGGCAGAAACUCCUAGGACUGAUCGCAUGUCAUCAGAUGUAGGAGGUGGUGUUAUAAUUCAGGACACGCCUACUCCUGGAGCUUCCAAAAGACGUUCCAGAUGGGAUGAGACACCAAGUGCAGCAAUGACACCUGCUAUGACACCAUCCAUGACACCUGCAAUGACUCCAUCUAUGACGCCGAGCAUGACACCUGGAGGAGGAGCUGGACACACACCUGUGUUGACACCAGGCGGGACAACUCCAGUUGGUCACAAAGCGAUGGUGAUGGCUACACCCACACCAGGACACUUGGCUUCUAUGACACCAGAACAGUUGCAGGCUUAUCGUUGGGAAAGAGAAAUUGAUGAGAGAAACAGACCGUUCACUGAUGAUGAAUUGGAUUCAUUCUUUCCUGUUGGAUAUAAAAUUUUACCACCACCAGCAGGUUAUAUCCCGAUAAGAACACCAGCCAGAAAACUAACAGCAACACCAACCCCAUUGGGAGGUGCAACUCCUCACGGUUUCUUCAUCCAGCAAGAAGAUCGGCAGGCCUCACAAACUUUAGUCGAUGCACAACCUAAAGGAAAUUUACCAUUUAUGAAACCGGAAGAUGCACAGUACUUCGAUAAACUUUUGGUUGAUGUUGAUGAAGAAGCUUUGAGUCCCGAAGAACAAAAGGAACGCAAAAUCAUGAAACUUUUACUUAAAAUUAAAAAUGGUACCCCGCCUAUGAGAAAAGCAGCUUUGAGACAGAUUACCGACAAAGCCAGAGAAUUUGGUGCAGGACCCUUAUUCAACCAGAUUUUGCCCUUACUUAUGAGUCCGACUCUAGAAGACCAAGAAAGACAUUUGCUGGUCAAAGUUAUCGACAGGAUUUUAUAUAAACUUGACGACUUGGUCAGACCUUACGUGCACAAAAUUUUGGUCGUCAUUGAACCUCUGUUGAUUGAUGAAGAUUACUAUGCUCGUGUUGAAGGUCGUGAGAUUAUUUCAAAUUUGGCAAAGGCUGCAGGUUUAGCUACUAUGAUUUCAACAAUGAGGCCUGAUAUUGAUAAUAUUGAUGAGUACGUUCGUAAUACCACUGCUCGAGCCUUUGCUGUUGUUGCUUCAGCCUUAGGUAUUCCUUCCCUCUUGCCUUUCUUGAAAGCCGUGUGCAGGAGUAAAAAGUCAUGGCAAGCUCGACACACUGGUAUCAAGAUUGUUCAGCAAAUCGCCAUCCUGAUGGGUUGUGCUAUUUUACCACAUUUGAAGUCUCUGGUGGAAAUUAUAGAACACGGCCUGGUCGAUGAUCAACAAAAAGUACGAACCAUUACUGCUUUGGCUAUUGCUGCAUUGGCUGAAGCUGCUACACCUUACGGUAUUGAAAGUUUCGAUUCUGUUCUCAAACCGUUGUGGAAGGGUAUCAGAACACACAGAGGUAAAGGUCUCGCCGCCUUCUUGAAAGCUAUCGGUUAUUUGAUUCCCUUGAUGGAUGCUGAAUAUGCCAACUACUACACCAGGGAAGUAAUGUUGAUCCUGAUCAGAGAGUUUCAGAGUCCUGACGAGGAAAUGAAGAAGAUUGUCUUGAAGGUGGUGAAACAAUGUUGUGGUACCGAUGGUGUGGAAGCAAGUUAUAUAAAAGAUGAAAUCUUACCACAUUUUUUCAAACAUUUCUGGAAUCACAGAAUGGCCCUGGACAGGAGGAAUUAUCGGCAGCUUGUUGAUACCACUGUAGAAAUUGCUAAUAAGGUUGGUUCCUCAGAAAUAAUUACCCGAGUAGUAGAUGAUUUGAAGGAUGAAAAUGAACAGUAUCGUAAAAUGGUUAUGGAGACUAUUGAGAAAGUAAUGGGUGCUUUGGGAGCUGCUGAUGUUGAUUCGAGGCUGGAAGAACAACUUAUUGAUGGUAUCUUGUAUGCUUUCCAAGAACAAACCACAGAAGAUGUGGUCAUGUUAAAUGGUUUUGGCACGAUAGUCAAUCAAUUAGGUAAACGUGUGAGGCCUUAUUUACCACAAAUUUGCGGUACAAUUCUCUGGAGAUUGAAUAACAAAAGUGCAAAGGUUCGACAGCAAGCUGCUGAUCUUAUUUCCAGAAUAGCUGUUGUCAUGAAAACUUGCCAAGAGGAAAAGUUAAUGAGCCAUUUAGGCGUCGUCCUUUACGAAUACUUAGGAGAAGAAUACCCCGAAGUACUCGGUUCCAUCCUUGGAGCCCUAAAAGCUAUUGUCACGUAAUCGGUAUGACCAAAAUGACACCUCCAAUCAAAGAUUUACUCCCCAGACUGACACCAAUUUUGAAAAAUCGUCACGAAAAAGUACAAGAAAACUGCAUCGACCUUGUCGGCCGAAUUGCUGAUAGAGGACCAGAAUACGUCUCCGCCAGAGAAUGGAUGAGAAUUUGUUUUGAAUUGCUAGAAUUGUUAAAGGCCCACAA